GGGGAUUUGAUGCAGGCUGUGCGCGCCGCUGGCGAAGCAAGUGCUUGAGGGGCGACGGGCAUGAGACUGGACGCCGCUGAAGCGCUAGAGGGAGAUGUGGCCGCCGCCGCCGCAUUCUCUAUGGCUGCCUCGGCUAAGUACAUGCUAGGUGUAGACGUGGGCAGCACCGUCAUACGGUGCCAUGUUUACGAUAAAGCGGCCGCGAUCAAAGGCGUCAGUGCCAAGCAGGUAGAAGUCCUUCAUCCUCAGCCUGGUUGGGUUGAACUGGACCCUGAAAGUCUGUGGACACAGUUUGUUGAUGUGGUAAAAGAGGCAGUUCAAGCUACAGGAAUUAAAAUGAAUCAAAUUUCUGCACUAGGACUUGCAACACAUCGUGCAACUUUCCUUACGUGGAACAGGGAAACAGGGAAACCUUUUCAUAAUUUCAUAAGUUGGCAAGAUCGGAGGGCUGCUGACCUUGUAAAAUCCUGGAACAGAUCUUUCUUAAUGAAGGCAGUUCAUGGCUUCUCUUCACUGCUGCACUUUUUCACUCGGAUUGAGUUGUUUUUGAUAGCAAGUAGACUUACCUUCACAACUCAACACAUCCCUUUAAGGUUGGCCUGGGUUCUACAACAUAUGCCUGAGGUGGAACAAGCUAUAAAAGAUGAUAAUUGCUGUUUUGGGACAGUUGACACGUGGCUAUUGUAUAAACUCACCAAAGGUGCAGUGUAUGCUACAGAUUAUUCAAGUGCAAGUUCCACAGCCUUUUUUGACCCAUUUAAGCUGCAGUGGAGUGUGAUUCUUGGCAAGUUAUUUUCCAUACCAAUAUCAAUUUUUCCUCCAGUGAAGGACACAAGCCACAUGUUUGGAUUGGUUGAUGCUGAAAUAUUUGGAGAGCCUAUUCCAGUAACAGCGUUGGUGGCAGAUCAACAGGCAGCCAUGUUUGGAGAAUGUUGUUUUAAUCCAGGUGAUGUUAAGGUUACCAUGGGGACUGGUUCAUUCUGGGAUAUUAAUACUGGAAGCAGAGUUCAUGUAUCUAAGACAGGCUUAUAUCCAUUGGUUGGAUGGAAGAUUGGGAAAGAGCUGACCUACUUAGCAGAAGGCAAUGCUUCUGAUACUGGGAAUGCUAUAAAAUGGGCUCAGGACUUAGAUCUUUUUACCAAUGCUGAAGAAACAUCCAGAAUGGCAUAUAGCUUGGUCAAUUCAGGAGGAGUUUGCUUUGUUCCAUCUUUCAGUGGAUUGCAGAUCCCAGUGAACGACCCUUGUGCAUGUACCUCUUUUAUGGGGAUCACAUCCUCCACCACCAAAAACCACCUCGUUCGAGCAAUGUUGGAAUCUAUUGCUUUCAGGAACAAACAACUAUAUGAAACCAUCACAAGAGAGGUGGAUGUUCCAACUACAUACAUUCGAGCUGAUGGAGGUGUCAGUAAGAACAGUUUUGUAAUGCAGAUGACUUCUGAUUUAAUUGACAAAACAAUAGACAAGCCUGUAAUUACAGAUAUGUCUUGUCUUGGAGCAGCUUUUUUAGCAGGUCUUGCUAUAGGAUUUUGGAGUGACAAAGAGGAACUAAAGAAGCUGAGGCAAACUGACGUGGUUUUUAAGCCACAAAAGGGGCCAAAGGAAUAUGAACUUGCCAUGAACAACUGGACAAAAGCUGUUCAACGUUCUCUACACUGGUACAGCCAGAUACCACAGUAA